CACACACACACACUUCCAGCAGCGGGUUUCCUGAUCUGCUGAGCUGAGAAGAGCAGUGUCAGAUCCACCUCCUUCUCAGAGACUUUUGCAUGCAAUUUGCUCAGCUAGCCACAGUCAAACAAGGGGGCUUCUUUCCACUGAGGAGUGAGAACUGCAAACAGGCCAGGCCAGUGUGUUAAAGGGCAGAGAUGUCGCCUUGCAGAUGUCAAUGGGUGUGGGUGCACCACAGGCAGUUAUCUCCCCUGGUGCAUGCAAACCGGCUCUGCAUUUCCCCCCUUGAUUCUUGCAGCUUGUCCACAGUGCCCGCUUUGGCAUCGGGUGGGCUGGGCCGGGAACAUCGUCCUGCUGGGAGCUGUGAUAGUGUUGGCUGUCCUGGUUGGCCAGUGCCCAUCCCAGACUCGCCCGACGGCAGCCGUCCCGCAGAAAAAUGAAAACACACCAGCGUGCAACCGUACAUUGGAGGGUUUCCGAUCUUGCCUGAAACGAAAUUUGUGUGUGGUGGAAAACAGCUCAGCAGAGGGCUCCGAGUGCAAACUCUGCCCCAGGCACUGGGUGCUACACAUGGACAAGUGCUACUGGGUUUCUAAAGAGAAUAAAUACUGGCGCUUGAGCCGUGAUGACUGCUCACAGAGGGGAUCUGACCUUCUAGUGAUCCAGGACCGGGAGGAGCUGGAGUUCGCACAGAAUCUUACAGGAAAUCAAAAUCCGGUGUGGAUUGGACUCAGCAUCACCUCCUCAGGGAGGAUGUGGACCUGGGUGGAUGGUUCCCCGUUAAAUCAAAUGCUGUUCACGGUAUCGGGUCCUGCGGAAGAGAACAGCUGUGCUGCAGUAAAGAAGACUCAGAUCAAGUCUGAAAUCUGCAACACUCACUAUAAAUGGAUUUGCCAAAAGGAAGCUGUGCUCAUUUAAAUGGAUGGAUUGGCCUCUGUCUGCAUAUAUGGAAUGCAGAACAUCCUGUGUCCUCAUCUCUAUUUCAGCUAACAAAGCCUCAGGCAGCGUAAAUCUGGGUAACGCCGAUAAAGUGAAUGGCGCAAUGCUGAUUUUUUACAUCCAUUGGGGGUCUUGGCCCUUUGACUCCAAUGGAGUUACGGCUAGUUCACACCCGCUGGGAA